ACAUGAAGAAAAAAAACAUAGGAAUGUGAAGUUUUGGCACAAAGCGUGAGUCUUUGUUCUUGUUCAUUUCUUAUCUUAUUACAUAAAUAAAUAAAUAUCUAACAGAAACAAACACAAAAACUGAGAUGAAUAUGUUACCAAGCACUAGCGGCACCACCACCACAACUACCACCGCGUUGGGUGGUUGGACGGUGCUACAAUUAUCCAAAAUCAGAAGCAACCGCUCUGUUUCUUCUUCUUCUUCAUUCUCUCUUCGGAUCUCUGCCACCUGUGACGACCGCCCUCAUGGUCCAUCCUGUAUAUAUGUUGGUCCUCUUCAAACUGCCACCCAAGAGACUCUUGAAGCUCUUUAUUCUCAAGCAAGGGAUGCAUAUUACAGAGGAGAGCCUUUGAUAGUUGAUGACAUGUUUGAUAGAGUAGAGUUGAAGCUUAAGUGGUAUGGUUCCAAGUCAGUUGUGAAGUAUCCACGAUGUAGUAUCAGGAGGCAAUCAACUUAUGCCGAUGCUGAGGAAGAUCUAUCUAUGGUUUUUACAUUGGCAAGUACAUGGGCCCUAUUUUUUGCAUUUGGCAGUUCAGCAUGUGUUGGACCAAUGUUUUACACCAUCAACUUAGCUUAUCAAAAUGCAAUGAACUUAGGAUUAUCAUAUGGUAGCCAUGCAUCAGAACUAAAGCCUCUUUUCAUGGUGAAUACCAUUAUCUUCAUGGCACUCGGUUUUAUCAUAGGAUAUCCAGUUGCUUCAGCUUCAGUUAAAGUACUUCAAGGCUUGUGGAGAAAUGACUUAGCAGCACUAAAGGGUUCAUGUCCAAAUUGUGGAGACGAGGUAUUUGCAUUUGUAAAAACAGACAAGGCUAACAACUCACCCCAUAGAGCAAAGUGCCAUGUGUGUGAAUGCUUAUUGGAAUUUCGCACCGAAGUCGAGCAAUCAACUUCAGGAUUUGGUAGACAAUGGGUUUAUGGGCGUAUUUACCUUGUGCGUAAAUCCAGACGCCAAAGAGAGCUGUAAAUUUUCUGUGCCUAUGAUUGUCAAUUGUAAAGAAAAGAAUACAAGCAACUUCUGUUUAGUUUUGAGUUUUAGUCUAAAGCGGUUCUGUUUGAAGCCAACUAGUCCACUUCUGGAUGGUUGAUUCAUUUGAUUAGGUGUUUUUAUUGUCAACAAUUGUAGUUGUCAGACGAUUAUAGAACAUUGAAAUGUAAUUUUGGAGAUGAAAGGUCAAAUGUAAACCAACAUGUUGCUUGCCAUUAGUAAAAUAAAGGACACUGAUCUCAAAAACAAUACUCGAUCAAUGUAGUAGAAUUAAGUUAUGCGAGUUUAA